AUGAGGGAAGAAGUUGAAAAAGUUGAUAUGGAAAAAGUGAUAGAAGAAUUUGAGAGGAUAACAAGGGAUGCUGAGAAUGUUCAAAACGAAACUUUAAAAAAGAUUUUGGAAAAAAGUGCAUCGGCAGAAUAUUUGCAAAAUUUAGGAUUGAAUGGAAAAACUAAUCUUGAAAGUUUCAAAGCUUGUGUUCCAUUGGUCAUUUACAAGGAUUUGGAGCCUUAUAUUCAAAGAAUGGUUGAUGGAGAUGUUUCUCCUAUUCUCACUGGAAAACCAAUCACAACUAUGUCAACGAGUUCAGGUACUAGUCAAGGGAAACAGAAAUUUAUUCCAUGGAAUGAUGAAGUGUUUGAAACCUCAGUCCAUAUUUAUCAAACCUCGUUCGCCUAUAGAAAUAGGGAGUUUCCAAUUCAAGAUGGCAAGGCUUUGAAUUUUAUAUACAGCAACAAUUUUUCACAAAUAAAAGACGGUGUGGUGUUUGGAUCAGCGACAGGACAUUUGUUCAAAAGUCCUGGUUUUAAGCCUUUAUUGGAGGCUCUUAAAUCUCCAAAUUGUAGUCCAGACGAUGUAAUCUUCAGUCCUGAUUUCCAUCAAUCACUCUAUUGCCACCUCUUAUGUGGACUUCUUUUUAGAGAAGAACUUCAUUCAAUUUCUUCAACAUUUGCACAUAGCAUUGUCUAUGCUUUCAGACAAUUUGAACAAGAUUGGGAAGAACUCGUUACUGAUAUCAAACGAGGUGUUCUCAGUAGUAGAAUCACAAUUCCAUCAAUUAGAGCUGCUAUGUCCGAAUUGUUAAAACCAAAUCCCGAACUAGCUGAUUUGAUCCAUAAGAAAUGCACUGGAUUAAAUAAUUGGUAUGGAUUGGUACAAGAACUUUUCCCUAAUGUUAAGUAUAUUCAAGGGAUCAUGACAGGUUCAAUGGAGCCUUAUUUGAAAAAGUUAAGACACUACGCGGGAGAAAUUCCGUUGUUGACAUCUGACUAUGGUGCUUCCGAAGGUUGGAUUGGUUCAAAUGUGAACCCUAAUGUAGCUCCGGAAUUUGCGACUUAUGCUAUUCUUCCUCAAAUUGCAUACUUUGAAUUUAUUCCAAUUGCACAACUUGAUGGAACUCAAGUAAAGCUUGAACCAGUUGGUUUAACUCAAGUGAAGAUUGGCGAGGAGUAUGAGAUCGUUAUCACCAAUUUUGCGGGUUUAUACAGGUAUAGGCUAGGAGAUGUGGUAAAGAUUAUGGGGUUCCAUAACUCAACUCCUAAAAUCAAAUUCAUACGCAGAAGUAAUCUUUUGCUUACAAUCAACAUUGACAAGAACACUGAGACCGAUUUACAAUUAUCAGUUGAUGCUGCAUCCAAGUUUUUGUCUAAGGAGAAAAUUGAGAUGAUUGACUACACUAGCUACAUUGAUUUAUCCAAAGAACCCGGACACUAUGUUAUCUUUUGGGAAAUCAGUGGUGAGGCAAGUGAUGAAAUGCUUAGUGAGUGUUGUAACUGUUUGGACAAGUCUUUUAUUGAUCCUGGUUAUGUUACUUCUAGAAAAGCUAAAGGUAUUGAUGCACUCGAACUCAAAAUUGUUGGAAAAGGAACAUUCGAGAAGAUUCUUGAGAAUCACGUUGAAAGAGGUGCAGCUGUGAGUCAGUUCAAAACACCUAGGUGUGUUGGACCUUCAAAUACCAAUGUGUUAGAAAUUUUGUUGAAAGAUGUAAUCAAGAGUUAUGUUAGUACCGCUUACAAUUGA